CUUUCACAAUUUCUUGGUGGUACAGCACCACACCAGCAGGGGGCAGCAUAUUCCAGCAGGUUCGCGCUGGGAGGAUAUAGCUUCCUGAUCAAGGACAGUCGUUCCUUCCGGCUCCGGUCCCUUCUCUAGUGGAAAGAUGCUUAUGCCCAAGAAGAACCGCAUUGCUAUCUACGAGCUCCUCUUUAAAGAGGGAGUCAUGGUGGCCAAGAAAGACGUCCACCUGGCCAAGCAUCCCGAGCUUGCUGACAAGAAUGUCCCCAACCUUCAUGUUAUGAAGGCGAUGCAGUCACUGAAAUCCUGUGGGUACGUCAAGGAGCAAUUUGCCUGGCGCCAUUUUUACUGGUAUCUCACCAAUGAGGGAAUCCAGUACCUGAGAGACUUCCUCCACCUUCCCCCUGAGAUCGUCCCCGCCACCCUGCGCCGCCAGACCCGGCCUGAGACCGCCAGGCCCAGGCCCAAGGGUAUGGAGGGAGAGAGACCCGCCCGCCUCAACCGUGGCGAGGCUGACAGAGACACGUACAGGCGAUCUGCUGCACCCCCUGGUGCUGACAAGAAGGCAGAGGCUGGCGCUGGAGCUGCUACAGAGUUCCAGUUUAGAGGUGGCUUUGGACGUGGCAGAGGACAGCAGCCUCAGUAAACUUUACUGUUUAUUACAAAUAAAGACUCAAAAUCCAAAUUA